AUGGCGCAUAACUUUGCGGUUGGCACUCGGGCGUGGCAACCCGACCAAACAGAAGGAUGGGUUGCUUCGGAAGUCGUUGAGAAGGUGGUGGAUGGUGAUAAAGUGAAGCUGGUAUUCUCUUUGGAAAACGGAGAGACAAAAACGAUCGAAACGACGGAGGCGGAUCUACAAAUUAAUAAUAAUUCGAGUCUCCCACCGUUAAUGAAUCCGGCAAUGCUAGAAGCCAGCGAAGACCUGACAAACUUAUCGCACCUGAACGAGCCUGCUGUGCUGCAAGCAAUUAAACUACGUUACUAUCAGAAGGAGAUAUACACAUACAGUGGCAUCGUGCUAAUUGCAACGAAUCCUUUCGCCCGUGUCGACUCGCUCUAUGUGCCACAAAUGGUCCAAGUCUAUGCUGGAAAGCAGCGAGCUUCACAAGCACCACAUCUCUUCGCCAUUGCUGAGGAGGCUUUCGCGGAUAUGUUACGAGACUCGAGAAAUCAGACGAUCGUGGUAUCCGGAGAAUCUGGUGCUGGAAAAACUGUGAGUGCAAAGUAUAUCAUGCGCUACUUUGCAACACGAGGAACGCCGGAUGAACCUGGUACCUAUGCCACCGGAAGGGCAGAUUCGAUUAGCAAAACGGAAGAACAAAUCCUGGCGACGAAUCCCGUCAUGGAAGCAUUCGGUAAUGCGAAAACGACCCGUAAUGACAACUCAUCACGAUUUGGGAAAUACAUCGAGAUCAUGUUUGACUCGAAAACAAAUAUCAUUGGAGCAAAAAUUAGAACAUACCUUUUAGAACGGUCGAGACUGGUUUUCCAGCCGUUGAAGGAGAGAAAUUACCAUAUAUUUUAUCAACUAGUAGCCGGUGCUACGGAGUCAGAACGACAAGAUCUAAAUCUCUUGUCGAUCGAGGAAUUUGACUAUCUAAACCAAGGAGGCACUCCAGUGAUCGACGGCGUCGAUGAUAAGGCCGAAUUGGAAGCUACCAAGAAGUCGCUCGCUACCAUUGGCGUUCCCCCGGACACCCAAACCGAGAUCUUCCGGAUAUUAGCUGCGCUCUUGCACCUCGGAAAGGUCAAGAUUACUGGUACAAGGACGGAUUCGUCGUUAUCGCCGUCGGAACCUUCCCUUGUGCGGGCAUGCGAGAUGCUGGGAAUUAACCCCAACGGCUUCGCCAAGUGGAUUGUGAAAAAGCAAUUGACAACCAGAGGCGAGCAGAUUAUUUCCAACAUUACUCAACAGCAAGCCAUUGUCGUCCGAGAUUCAGUUACAGAAAUUCAUCUAUUCCAGAAAACUGGGAAUUCUGUCACUCCUGGACGAAGAAUCGCGGUUGCCCUAUGGGUUCGGAUGAACAUGUUAGAAGCAGCCUCUGCCGUUCGUGAGAAGGAUUCUGCAUCCGUCGCUUCCCGAGCGGUUGCGGCUCCCGGAAGGAAAAUCGGAGUUGCAGUCAACCGUAAACCUACUCUUGGAGGUAUCUUCAAAUCGUCGUUGAUUGAACUAAUGAACACGAUCAACUCAACUGACGUUCACUACAUCCGAUGCAUCAAACCAAAUGAGGGUAAGGAGUCAUGGAAAUUCGAGGGACCCAUGGUUCUCAGUCAGCUUCGAGCUUGUGGUGUUCUCGAGACCGUUCGAAUCAGCUGUGCUGGCUACCCAACGCGCUGGACAUAUGAAGAAUUUGCACUUCGGUAUUACAUGCUCUGCCAUUCGUCGCAGUGGACAUCAGAAAUCCGAGAAAUGGGCCAUGCUAUCCUACGAAAAGCACUUGGCGAUGCCAGCCACCAAAAGGGAGACAAAUAUCAACUUGGCUUGACGAAAAUCUUCUUCCGUGCGGGUAUGCUCGCUUUUCUCGAGAAUCUUCGCACUUCAAGGUUGAAUGAAUGCGCCAUCAUGAUUCAGAAAAACUUAAAAUGCAAAUAUUAUCGACGAAGAUAUCUGCAGGCACGGGAAGCAAUCCUUACUACCCAAAGCCUAAUGCGAGGUUUCAUUGCACGGAAAUACGCCAAUGAGGCUCGUAGGAUCAAAGCAGCGACCACCAUACAGCGAGUCUGGAGAGGCCAGAAGGAGAGGAAGCGGUAUCUUGCAAUUCGACGGAAUGUUAUCCUUUUCGAAUCUCUUGCGAAGGGCUACCUAUGCAGAAGAAACAUUAUGGAUACAAUUCUUGGCAACGCAGCCAAAAUCAUUCAGCGGGCUUUCCGAUCAUGGCGACAGCUCCGGGCCUGGAGACAGUACCGCAGGAAAGUCGUUACCGUGCAGAAUCUUUGGAGAGCCCUUGGUUCCCUGAAGCAACAGAACAAGACAUUGGUUUCACAAGUUGAGAAUUAUGAAGGCCAGCUCAAACAUUUGCGAGGAAAGAACAAUACUUUAGAAGCACGUACCCGAGAGCUACAAGCUGAAGCUAACCAGGCCGGUAUCACUGCUGCACGCCUAGCAGCGAUGGAGGAGGACAUGGCGAAACUACAACAAGGUCACACUGAGGCGCUAUCUACCGUGAAAAAGCUUCAAGAAGAGGAGCGUAUUGCUCGGGAGUCCCUCCGAGGCGCAAACUUAGAGCUUGAUAAACUGCGGCAAACAAAUUCCGACAACGAGAGUGACAAGGCAUCACUACGCCAACAAAUUGCCGAUCUUCAAGAUGAACUCGAAUUCGCCAAGAGGUCGAUGCCUGUCAACGGUGCUGAUCCACCUUCGCUCCGGGUAUCGAUUCGAUCGAAAUUGAGCUGGAAAAUCUACUUUCUGAUGAAGAAGAGCUCAACGAAGAGGUUACAAUGGGCCUUAUUCGUAACCUCAAAAUUCCCCUUCCUAACUCAAAUACUCCUCCCACCGAAAAAGAGGUUCUGUUCCCUGCCUACCUCAUCAACCUCGUUACGUCCGAGAUGUGGAACAAUGGUUUCGUGA